UCACAAAAAAAAAAAAAAAAAAAAAAAAAAAAAGGACCUCUAGGUGUCUGAGGUCAGACAGGUUGAGGAGCACGAGGCCAAAAUAGACCUCCAGUUUCCACACAGAAAAUGUUUUAAUCAAGCCUUGCAUUGACUGCUGCAGGGGCCCAAUGGGCUGGGACCAUGUGUGUGCCUUUUUUUUUUUAAUCGUACCAGGUCCCUGCUGUGAUGCGUACUGCAGAAGUAGGCUGGGGGCGCACACACGCUGCAGCGCCACGCACCAACACAAACUCAUCAUUUCCAGCGGAGCCUGGCACAGAGACGCAGCACUACGGCCCCUCACAUAUGUCUUUGGAACGGACUGCUGAAACUUCUGAGGCGGGGGAGCGGAUAGAUCAUUCUAGCUCGUCCCACUUAGUGGAUUAAAUUCACGCUUUCUCUUCUUUCUUGGCUUUUUUCCCCGUUUCUUUUCCUCCUCCUCCUCCUAUUCCUCCUCCUCUGGUUUCGUGUUACAAAGCCUUGGAGGGAGUUGCGCGGAGAGCCAGUUCUUCUGUGAAAUCGAAUGACAGGAUCAUAUGGCUUGAUUUGCUUUGCAGUCCGAAAAUUUCAAAUUAUAAAGGACACUAGAGAAGAGAGGAGCGGACCCGCGGACCCGUUUCGUCUGAAAUUGAUGAAGAUGUGGAAUAAUUUCUAACUCAAAUAAAAAAAAAAAUAAAAAAGACACAAACGCGAGAUAACGGAGUCAGAAAAAAGGACAGCCUACUGGAUCUGUAGACAGAGAAAGACAGAGGAAAGCGCAGGACGCGGCGGCAUCGAUCAUCACCGUCACAUUCAGGCCAGUGUGACCUUCCUCCGAGUCAAGUGUUGCUAUUCAACAUUCACGAAGAUCCUGAGAGCAGAAGAGCUGAAAGGAAAAUUAAGAAGAAAGCACGCAAGCGAGGCGGAGAAAAGCAAGCUGCCAGGAACUGGGCUGCUUUCUCAAGUUUCUCAGAUCAACUGAUUGGUCACUCAAUCUCUGCGGCAGAUUCGACUAACGACACUAACAUGGGAGCCACGAGUGGGAUGAAGAUCUUGCUCCUGGUGUUUUUGGUCGGAUGGGAGAAGUCGCAGGGUCUCAACUGGAACCCAGUACCACGCAAGACUGUUAGAUUCCCAUAUGUGCUGGACAGCAUGGCGAGGUUCAGCAUUCAGGGAGUGUUUAACUACAGCAUGCUGACGCUGUCUGAGCACGAGAGGGUUUUGUAUGUCGGAGCACGUGAGGCAUUGUUUGCCCUGGACCCAAACGACAUCAGUAGACAGCUACGGCCACAGAUCGACUGGCCAGCUCCUCAGGAUAAGAAGAGGGAGUGUGUCACCAAGGGGAAGAACAACCAGACCGAGUGCUUCAACUACAUUCGGUUCCUGCAGAGCUACAACCACACACACCUCUACACCUGUGGCACCUACGCCUUUCAGCCUAAAUGUACUUACAUUAAAGCAGAUGAUUUUACCCUUAACACGGCAGCCCUGGAGGAUGGGAAGGGCAAAUGUCCAUAUGACCCUGCCAAGGGGCACACAGGUCUCAUUGUGGACAAGGAGCUGUACUCAGCUACGCUGAACAACUUCCUGGGUACGGAGCCAGUCAUUCUGAGGAACCUGGGCCUACAGCACUACAGCAUGAAGAGCGAGUACUUACCUACCUGGCUCAAUGAACCUGACUUUGUGGGUUCAGCCCUGGUGAGGGAGAGCAGCGGCAGCUCAGACGGGGAUGACGACAAGAUCUAUUUCUUCUUCAGUGAGCGAGCGCUGGAGUUGGACUGUGACACAGAGCUCACUGUGGCCAGAGUGGCACGCGUCUGCAAGGGAGAUAUGGGUGGUACGAGGACCCUGCAGAAGAAGUGGACCACCUUCCAGAAGGCCCGGCUGGAGUGCUCCCUCCCAGAGCGCCACGUCUCCUUCAACAACCUACGGGCUGUCUUCACCCUGCCAGGCCAGGACUGGCGAGGGACCACCUUCUUCGGCAUCUUCCAUGCCCAGUGGGGCGAUGUGGAUGUGUCGGCUGUCUGCCAGUAUCAGAUCAGCGAUGUAAAAAAGGUGUUUGACGGGUCCUACAAGGAGUACAGGGAGACAUCCCAGAGAUGGGGUCGCUUCACCGGUUCUGUCCCCAGCCCACGGCCCGGAUCGUGUAUAACUAAGUCAGACAGGGAGAAUGGCUACAACAGCUCCCUGCAGCUGCCUGAUGCCACACUCAACUUUGCUAAGAAACACCCGCUGAUGGAGGAUAAAGCUCUAGGUCGCCCCCUGCUGCUAACCAAGGGUGUCAACUUCACCAGGCUGGCAGUGGAUCGGGUCAAUGCCCUGGACCAGCGGCAUUACAAUAUGCUCUUCAUUGGCACAGCAGAGGGCUGGCUGCAGAGGGUGGUGAUCCUGGGCUCUGAGGCCCAUGUGAUUGAGGAGAUCCAGCUGUUUGAGACGUCUCGGCCAGUGGACAGCCUAACCAUCUCGCACUCCAAGAAGUACUUGUACAUCGGCUCCCGUUCUGAGGUUCUCCAGCUGCCCUUGGCCAACUGCAGCCGCUAUCAGUCUCAGCCAGACUGUCUGCUCGCCAGGGACCCCUACUGCGCUUGGGACAACGAGGGCCGGGCCUGUGUCCGCAUCGACCUCCACCGAGGAUCAACCGCAUCCCUCACACAGGACCUCAUGUUGGAGAGUUUUAAUCAUGGCAAGUUUGAAAAGCCUGUCUCCAUCCCCAGCCCUGAGCACUCGCACCUGAAAAAUGUAACAGUGGUUGUGGGGUCUGACAUGGUGCUGCCUUGCCAGCUGGUGUCCAACUUGGCUCAGCCUUGCUGGGUUCUAAAUAAUAAUGAGCUCCCGCUGGGUGACCUAGAGGCAGGAAGGCCACGCUUUGACCGAACCCUCAAAGCCCUUGUCAUUCAUAAAGCGGACCAGAACCAUAAGGGUCACUACAUCUGCUAUUCUGAGGAGCAGGGGGUCAAGUUUCAGACAGAGCGCUACCUAGUGACCAUUGUUGCAAGUGCUCCAGUGUUCAUGGAAGCCCGUGCUCCAGACAGCAGCAUGGGGCUCUUCUGGGUGCUGGUUAUUACCCUUGGAGCGGCGUGCCUGUUGCUCCUCAUUGUGGCCCUUUACCUGCGCCGGAGGUUGAAGUUGGCACUAGGAAAGGGAGCCGACAUGAAGCCUCUUGAGAGCACUCUAGUCUACCCCAUCACGCUACCCAAGGAACCACCCACCUUUGUGCCCAGCAAGAUGCCCAAUGAUGAAGACCGCUUCUGGGAGACAGGCGCCAACUACUACUACUCAGAUGGCUCACUGAAGAUCGUUCCCGGGCACGCCCUUGGCCCCAGCAGUGUCAGCAGCACGGCGUCACCCAGCGCCAUUCCCGGCCAGCCCAUCCACUCCCCGAGCCGUCUCAGCCUUACCAACAUACGAGGCUCCGGUAGCAAUGGCUAUAUCCGCCUCAACCUGAGCACAGCGGGGGAGGAGAGGGCUAGCGGGGCCAGUGCUGGGGGCGGCGGGCUGGGAGGCCUGGGCGUGGGCGGGAACGACUACUCUAGUCCCUUCAAGGAGGAGCUGAGACGCACUCUGCAGCAGAGGAGCGUCCUGCCCGACGCAAACCCAGAGGAGUCGUCCGUGUAGGCCUUUCCUCCUCUAUCUGUUGGAAAAACAAAACAACCAACCUACCUCCCUCCUUAUGAGGAUACAUGCUCUUGCUCUCUCUCUCUCUCGCUCUGUCAAUGCCUGAUUGGCUCACUGUAAACAUUUAUAGCACACAGCAUGUUAAAUAUACCCACUCAUACACCGUGUUCGCCAACAUGCGCUCGUAAAUACUGUGUUUUGGGGCAAGAUGCAGUCAUGGUUGCAACUUUUUCUGCUUCCACUGUGCAACUGCCACUCAUGUAAAUUUUGUAUUUCAAAAAGGAUGAACACAGAGGAGACCACCUCGAGCAUGGAAAUCUAACAAAUGCCGUUGUUUGUUCUCUGAAGGGCACAUUUCUUGUACAUUGAGUUUAGCCCCAGUGCUGAGACCAGCCAACGACAAUGGGCAACUAACUGGAAAUAUUGAACUAAUUCUGUGCUUGUGUUCCUUUGAGACUUUUAUUCAGCUUACUGCACUUAAAAAACUGGAAGCACGUCUUCCCUUUAUUUGUACUUGUGAGCCAGGAGUGAGAGCGCGGUAUAAAAGGACUAAUUAAUCUCCAAGCAAGACGACAAUCAUGUCCCUGUGGCAGGAGCUCUGCGUGGGACCGAAAGGAGAGGAGAGACAGAGACUAAAAGAGAGGAAAUUAAAUGGAAAAUGAAUUGAACUAGAAUGAAAGACACAAGAGGGGGUGUUUCAAAAUGAAGGACACUGUCUCAAGACUUUUUCUGCUUAAUUUAAACCCCUUUCUCCAUGUCGGAUUUUCCACUGGGGAAACUUCUCGAUCCCUUACUCUUUAUUUUGAUGUGAUGGUUGGUUUGGUUUAAGACAUUUCUUGACUUUUUUUUUAUGGACUAAAGCAGCGCUUUAAGUGGUUAGCAAGUGACUAAUGGCUCACCUCUGUGAAAGACAAUGUGAGGGCAACCUGCUCAACAUUACAUUAUUCUUCGCUCAGUCCUGCACAGUGACUUUCAAGCCCAGUACAAGUGCACUCCAUAUGACAUUUAUUGGUGUCACAGUGUUUUGAUUUAGACCUUUUUGAAUCUUUGUUUAUCCUCUUUGAAAGGACUAUUUGCAUUCAGCUCAUAGCAGCAGAACAAUAAUUGCACAGCUCUAAAUUGAAGUUGACAUGAAGACAUAAAGCACGGAGAAUGUAGUUGAACCCUCAUUGUUGCGACCGCUGUGGAUGUCUCUAUAAGUGCUUUAUAUUUUAUGUGUUUGGUGAUGGUGGUAACUCGCACUGCCAAGAGGAAAACUACCGCUCCAACACAUACACACAGGACUACAUAGCAUUUGUGAUGUACCCUUAAACCCCAUGAAACCCCAGCUCCCUCCCUCUUACCGAUGCCCAGAGACUGACCCGGGCUACUGUGGAUUUAUACAGUGGAAGAACACUGUAAAGCAGACCGACACAAAGAACACACACAGUGUUGAUGGAAGAAUGGACUGACAGACACACCGAUUGCUGCCAUGCUGACAAACGACUGGCUUGAGGCGAGAAGCAGCAUUGAACCAGGGAAAGAUAUGUGUGUCCUCUUCCAGUGCUUUGUCCAUCAGCGGUGUCCUUUACUUUUUGGGGUCGUGUCCGUGGAGACCGGAGGAGCGCUGCAUGAAAGAAGGGCGAGGACAGAAAUACCUUGUUUUGUUCCCACUGUGUACAGAGCGCUGUGAGAGAUGUAGAAUAUCAAAACGAUCCUGAAGGCUGAGGAGGUGAUCAGCCGCCAGCACUCCAUUCUAGUGUUGCAUGAGCCUCUCUGAAAAUGGACUGCACAUCUUUGAUAUGAUCAUCCUUGUACAAGUGCAACAUUUCAAUCAAUAAUUUUUCUGACUUUUUUCAGAUACUAAUGUUGUGCAACACUAAUGCUCUCUUUGAAAAAAAAAAAAGAAAAGAUAAACAUGUCAGAUUUCAUGGCUCAAGACGUGUACAGGAAUUCGUGGCUGCAUUUCAAUAUGUUUACUUUUUCUGUGCCUCUUCACCUUUUGGAUAAGCCAAAGUAGACUGCAUUUGCUUUUGUUCCUGUUUGAUUUCUUCUUUUGUAUUUAAUUUAAUUUGACUACAGAUGAGUAUUUAAGUGUCAGCAGUCCGUCCAUUUUGCUCCACUAAACUGGUGUGAGCAACUAAACUUCCCCGCGAGCAAAAGGCAAGAACAGGCUUGAAACUGACGGAGGUUCGGUUUUUCUAUUUACAUGUCAGCAAUGAUCUGUUGGAACACUAUUCUCAUUCUUUUUAACUCAUCUAUUACAAAAAAAGCUGAAUAAUGUGUUUUUUUAACCCUCUGAAAACCAAAUAUUUUCUGUAGCUGCUAAUUUAAACAGCUCAGUAACAAAAAAAAAUUUAUUUCUAAUUUAAAAUUCCUCAAGACUGAAAGCUAUGAACAAAUUAGCUCUUUACACUGGUACUUACUUAUGUCUUAGUAUUUUUCCUUUAAAAAAGACGGCUUUUCUUUAACAAUAUCAUGUUGCAAAAACUGAAAACAAACAAAAAGUUGUGUCAAGCUUGAAAAAAAUGCAUGAGUUAGGUUCUUUAUGUGUACAGUUGUUCUUCAGUUCAUGUGCAUUCAUUUUUUUCACACAUGGCUUUAAGUUCUGCUGUUUUCUUGUGUUAUUAUUUGUAUUUUCUGCUCCAUUUUUGCCUUUGUUUCAUUGGUCUCAUGUGUUUGUUUUUUAAAAUGUAUUAAGUAACUUAUUUCACUUGUACAAACAUGUUGAUAUUUAUUAUCACUGUACAUAUUUCCUUAUUUUUUAUAUGUGUAUAUAUACACAA